GUCAAUCAGUAAGCUGUCAGUGUCAUCUUUCUGUCGUGGCUUCUAUUUAACAGCCAGCUGAUUGGAAAUUAAUGGGAAAUUAGAAGAAUCUAGCUAGAACUAAUAUUUUGUAAAAUAAAUGUUUAUUGCAAUUGAAAGUUGUAAUUAUGGCAUUAUCAAGGAACGCGCGCUAUGUAGUAUUUUUAACAGGCUUCGUUGGAUUUAUAGGAUUGACUCUUUAUCCAAUAGCAAUAAGUCCAAUGUUAGACUCCUCUGAAUACAAAAAAAUUCAAAAAGAAACAAGGAAACACAUUGACCAAGAAAAAAUUCAGCCUGGAAAUAUGCCAGUGUGGUCAGAUCCUUUUGGUAGGAAGAAAUCUGAAGCAGAAUGAAUUAGUUGUAAUACUGUUAAUUAAUGUAUAAAUUGUUUUGUUUUAUUAUAGAAAUGUGAAGUAACUGUA